CGCGCUUGUAAUAAAGAACCUCUUGCUUUUGCAUCAAGUUUCGGUCUCUGCGUUUGACUUGGGGUCGUCGCCCCCUCCUUCGGACUCACCCGGGGUCUUGGGACCUUACAUUUGGGGGCUCGUCCGGGAUCGGGCGACCACCCCUCAAGCGCCAGGAUCGGUCUUGGAGGUAAGCAGACUCCGGAGUUGUUCAGUGUUUGUUUUGUCCUCUGUUCGUUCUUAGUUUCAGUUUUUCGGAACGGCAGGUUGUCGGCUCCGUCAGGAGUCGACUCCUCUGGUUGAAGAGUCUUCGACCAGAAAAACUGCCACCCUGGGGGACGCCCCAGGGACGGACGGUGACCGAGAGGUCUUGGUCACUUCUGGCUGUCCGGCAACGGGCACUUGUGUGUCCGGCCGGACUAGCGUCAGGGAGGGAUAUCAUCCCUCAGCGGCCAUUCUGUAUCUGUGUAAAUUCUUGUGGGUCCGGUGUCUCGUUGCAUCGCUUUUUGUUUUUUGUUUUUGUCUCCUACUUUUCCUUUCCCAGCCAGAUAACAUGGGGCAGGGAAACAGCACCCCUCUUUCCCUCACAGUGGCACAUUGGAAGGACGUCCGGAGUCGGGGACUCAACCUCUCCGUCAGUGUCAAGAAGGGUCCUUGGCAGACUUUCUGUUCUUCUGACUGGCCGGCCCUAGGCGUGGGGUGGCCAGCGGAUGGGACUUUUGACCUAUCUACUAUUUUUGCAGUAAAGAACAAGGUGUUCCAGUCAGGACCAGCGGGCCAUCCGGACCAACAGCCAUAUAUCGUCGUUUGGCAGGACCUGGUCCAAAACCCUCCCCCUUGGGUGAAACCCUGGCUGCCGUCCGGUACCUCCCGGGUUCUCGUGGCCCAGGCCCCUCCCGCAGAUCAAACGAAACGUCCUUUGGUCGACCCUCAAGCCGACCUCCUCCUCUUGGACUCCCCACCCCCUUACCCCUCUCCUCUCCAGCCAGAGCAACCGGAGGGGCCCUCGGCGCGCCCCGCUCCUCCAACGGGAGGACCGGCCCAGGGAACCCGGAGCCAGAGGAGACAUCCCAUGUCCCCAGAUUCGACAGAUUCGACUGUGGCCUGCCCUCUCUGGCCAUACGGGCCUCCACCCUCCCGCGGGGAUGAUGAUGAGUCGGCCCCGCUCCAGCCGCUCCAAUAUUGGCCCUUCUCCUCAGCAGACCUCUAUAACUGGAAAACUAACCACCCUCCCUUUUCAGAGGAUCCCCAAUGCCUAACGGGACUAGUUGAGUCCCUUAUGUUCUCUCACCAGCCCACUUGGGACGACUGUCAGCAGCUUCUCCAGACUCUCUUUACUACAGAAGAAAGGGAACGGAUUCUUUUGGAGGCCCGAAAGAAUGCUCCCGGCCCUGACGGCCGGCCAACCCAGCUCCCCCAUCUGGUGGAUGCGGCUUUUCCUCUGGCUAGGCCGGACUGGGACUUCAACACGGCAGAAGGUAGGGAGCACCUGAAGGUCUACCGCCAGACUCUAGUGGCCGGCCUCAGAGGGGCAGCACGGCGCCCCACGAAUCUGGCUAAGGUAAGAGAGGUCAUCCAGGGGCCCACUGAACCGCCUUCUGUUUUUCUCGAGCGACUGAUGGAGGCGUUCAGACGGUACACCCCAUUUGACCCCACCUCGGAGGGACAAAAGGCUUCGGUAGCCAUGGCCUCCAUAGGGCAGUCAGCAUUAGACAUUAAGAAAAAGCUGCAGAGACUUGAGGGGCUACAGGAUUUUACCCUCCAGGACCUAGUUAAGGAGGCACAGAAGGUAUACCAUAAAAGGGAGACCGAGGAGGAGAAGGAGUUGCGGAAAGAGAAGGAGAGAGAGGAAAAGGAAGAUAAAAGGGAGAAAAGGGAAGAGAAAAGGCUAACCCGUAUCUUGGCCGCAGCAAUAGGAGGGAGUAAGCCGCAGGAGAAAGGAAAAGGAAGGCAGACAGGUAACUUGGGCAACAGGCCACCGUUAGGUAGAAACCAAUGUGCUUACUGCAAGGAAGAAGGACAUUGGAAGCGGGAGUGCCCGAAGAGACUAGCAAAAAAGGCGUUGGCACUCCAGGAAGAUAGUGAUUGAAGAAGUCGGGGCUCGGACCCCCUCCCCGAGCCUAGGGUAACUCUUAAGGUGGAGGGGAAGCCUGUCAAUUUCUUAGUGGACACAGGAGCCCAGUAUUCAGUACUUAAGAAACCGCUAGGGCCGGUCUCCCAGAAGACCUCCUGGGUAAUAGGGGCAACGGGAAAUGAACAAUAUUCCUGGACCACCACCCGGACUGGAGACUUAGGCACGGGGAGAGUAACUCAGUCCUUCCUAGUGAUACCAGAAUGCCCUGCCCCCCUUCUGGGGAGAGACUUGUUAACUAAAAUGGGGGCCCAGAUCACCUUCACCCCACGGGGGCCGACCCUAACCCAACGUGGGGAACCAAUUACCCUCUUGACACUUCAACUCGAGGAUGUGCACCUGCUGUUUGAGGAUAAAGUCCAAAAGAAUGAGGGGAUAGCAGAGUGGCUGCAACAAUACCCUGAGGCAUGGGCUGAGACUGCGGGGAUGGGCCUGGCUGCCGAACGACCCCCUGUAAUAAUAGAGCUCAAGUCCUCUGCAACCCCGAUUGCAGUACGACAGUAUCCCAUGGCAAAAGAGGCCUGGAAGGGAAUCAAGGUCCAUAUCCAGCGCCUCUUGCGCCUAGGAGUCCUGGUCAAGUGCCACUCCCCUUGGAACACCCCGCUCCUUCCAGUAAAGAAACCUGGAACUAAUGACUACCGACCGGUACAGGACUUAAGAGAGGUCAACAAGAGGGUACAGGACAUUCAUCCCACGGUUCCCAAUCCCUACAAUCUCCUGAGUUCUAUCCCUCCAUCUCAUGUGUGGUAUUCAGUUCUAGAUUUAAAGGAUGCCUUCUUUUGCCUGCAGUUGCACCCUGCCAGCCAAAACAUCUUCGCUUUCGAAUGGAGAGACCCAGACUCGGGGAUGACAAGGCAGCUAACCUGGACUCGACUUCCCCAGGGGUUCAAGAAUUCCCCCACCAUCUUCGAUGAGGCCCUUCAUCAGGACCUGGCUGCCUUCCGUGCUGACCAUCCGCAAGUCACUCUUCUCCAGUACGUAGAUGACCUCCUCCUCGCAGGAACUACUAAAGAGGACUGUGAAACAGGUACCAGAGCUUUGCUCUUAGAGCUCUCCUGCCUAGGAUACCGGGUUUCGGCCAAGAAGGCCCAGAUAUGUCAGCAAAGAGUAACCUAUUUAGGAUAUGCUCUAGAGGGGGGAAAGAGGUGGCUCACUGAGGCCCGAAAGAGCACGGUCACCCAGAUACCCAGGCCACAGACCCCCCGACAGGUACGCGAGUUCCUGGGGACAGCUGGAUUCUGCCGCCUCUGGAUUCUGGGUUUUGCAACCCUGGCAGAGCCCCUCUACCCGCUGACAAAACAAGGGAACCCCUUCGAAUGGGGGGAGGCUCAUCAGAAGGCUUUUGACAACAUUAAAAAGGCCCUCCUCUCUGCUCCGGCAUUGGCCUUACCAGACGUGGCCAAACCUUUUACUCUGUUCAUAGAUGAAAGAAAGGGAGUAGCCAGAGGGGUCCUAACUCAGACCUUAGGCCCCUGGAAGAGGCCGGUAGCCUAUCUAUCCAAGAGACUGGACCCAGUGGCUAGAGGGUGGCCGGGCUGUCUAAGAGCAAUCGCAGCCACUGCCCUGCUUGUAAAGGAUGCAGACAAACUUACAUUGGGGCAGAGACUGACUAUAGUGGCCCCACAUACCCUCGAGAGUAUUAUUCGGCAGCCACUGGACCGGUGGAUGUCCAAUGCCCGGAUGACCCACUACCAGAGUCUCCUGUUAAAUGAAGAUCGAGUCCACUUUGGGGCUCCGGUAGUUCUUAACCCGGCAACCCUAUUGCCAGAAGUAAAUCCUGAGGGUAAAGAAGUUCUGCACUCAUGCCGUGACAUUCUAGCAGAAGAAACAGGGCCAAGGAAAGACCUUAAGGAUUCUCCCCUGUCAGAGCCUCAGCUCACCUGGUUCACAGAUGGCAGCAGUUACCUCUAUGAAGGUAAGAGAGUAGCAGGUGCAGCUGUAGUCAGCCGGGACCGGACUAUUUGGGCUAGUAGCCUGCCCGAAGGGACUUCGGCCCAGAAGGCUGAAUUAAUUGCCCUAACCCAGGCCCUCCGGCUUGCAGAGGGUAGUCGGGCCAAUAUUUACACCGACAGCCGUUAUGCUUUUGCCACUGCUCAUGUGCAUGGAGCCAUAUACCGGCAGAGAGGUCUCCUCACCUCAGCGGGAAAGGAGAUUAAAAAUAAACAAGAGAUCCUCGACCUCUUAGAGGCUGUCCAUGCCCCCCAGGAAGUAGCUAUCAUCCAUUGCCCAGGCCAUCAGAAGGGGGCCUCAGAGAUAGCUGUGGGAAACAGAAAGGCGGAUGCCGAGGCGAGACAGGCCGCUCUCGGGCCCCGGCUACUUGCCCUCGCUGCUGGCCCCGCAAUAUCACAGUCAGAAGCCCUCCGCUACACCCCAGAGGAAGAAGAAGAUCUGCUUAAAAGGCCAGAAAAAUAUCAUAAGGACGAACUCAGGGUUUGGAGGACCACGGGGGAGAAGAUGGUGGUGCCAAAGGAGGCGGCCACCGCCUACCUCCAACAACUGCACCGCCUCACCCACCUGGGGGCCAAACACCUCAGCUCCACCAGCCGGGCCACUGGACACUAUGUCAAAGGACUCGACCGCCUCUCAGAGGAGGUAGUCAAACAAUGCAAGGCAUGCCAAUUAGUAAACAUACAUCCAUCCCAGGUCGGGAAGGGACAGAGACUCAGGGGAGACCGGCCAGGAAGUUACUGGGAGGUAGAUUUCACAGAGGUGAAACCUGCCCGCUACGGUUACAAAUAUCUCUUAGUCUUCAUAGAUACCUUCUCAGGUUGGGUAGAAGCCUUUCCUACUAAGAGGGAGACUGCAACCGUGGUUCCCAAGAAGAUCUUAGAAGACAUCUUCCCUCGGUUCGGAAUUCCAAAGGUAAUCGGAUCAGACAACGGUCCGGCCUUCGUUGCCCAGGUAAGUCAGGGAAUGGCCAAGAUACUAGGGGCGGAUUGGAAAUUACAUUGUGCUUACAGGCCCCAGAGUUCAGGUCAGGUAGAGAGAAUGAACAGAACGUUAAAAGAGGCUAUGACUAAAUUGUCCUUAGAGACUGGCGUGGCAGACUGGACGGUCCUCCUUCCCUUUGCCCUUUUCCGCGCGCGAAAUACCCCAGGCCCUCUAGGGGUGACCCCAUUCGAGAUUCUGUUCGGGGCCCCUCCGCCCCUAGCCGCUGACCCAUGGUCAAUACCCUCGGAUACUCACACCCCUCAAUCCCUGCUUGCCAGGCUGAAGGCCCUCGAGACUGUCCAAAAGGAGGUGUGGACCCCCCUGGCUGCCCUCUACCAACCGGGGGAACUACAGGUCCCCCACCAGUUCCAGGUCGGAGACUUUGUCUACAUCAGACGUCAUCGAGCUGCCAACCUCGAGCCGAGGUGGAAGGGACCCCACCUGGUGUUGCUGACAACCCCGACAGCAGUCAAGGUAGACGGCGUAGCUGCUUGGAUCCACGCCUCCCACGUCAAGCGAGCACCUCCUUCGGAUGACAACUGCUAUGGAUGGACUGCGGAGAAAACAGACAACCCUCUCAAGCUGCGGAUUCGCCGUUGCCCUCCUCCUCCUGCUGAGCCUGCCACCGAUAAGUAG